AUGCGAAUCAAGAGGGGCGUCAACUUCAGCACACUGACCGCAAUUACUAUUGCUGCGCCGUGGCUCGCGAGUUUCGCACGCUGCCAAGCCCUGACACUACCCGAAGCCAAGGAGGACGCACUGAGGAGGGGCCAGUUCUUCCUCAAAAGCCGAUUGGAACACGUUGACGUACAUGUAACAGCCUCUUUGUUUGCAGUCGUAGGAUGGCAGGGGUGGAAUGGAGACCGUAAAGGGAAGAAAGAUGACAAUGGGAUUGGCACAGCCAUUGACUUUUGCUUUCCAGAUGCCAAGCUUGUGCUGGGAGUGGGAGGAGCAGCCAUGCUUGGCAUUGCAACGCUUGCUGUCAAAAGAAUGUACGACCGUGCCAUAAGCGCUUCCACCAGCCCCACCAAUAUUGAGCCGACGGGAAGGAGAAGCUGGGAGGAGCCCGCCUGGAUGGGUUCGUCACCACGGGUCCUGAACCAUGACAUGAAGUCCACAGUGAGCAGGUCUCUACAGACUCUGCCCACUUCCUCCCAUGCUUUUGAACCAGACUGUAUGCGUAGGGCCGUGGGUCGAGCUGCUGUGGGAGGCUGUGGCGCCACUCAGUCAGUGCAGCGGGCCCGAAUGCGUCUGUCCCUGCAGGAACAUUUGUGGGAGUUCUCAAAUAAUGUAAACAUCCCUUCUGAGGAGCAGGCUGUGGCAAGGAGGGCAGCGUUGGACAUCUGUGCCGAACUCAGAGUGUUCCUUCAUGCCAAACUGCCUGACAUGCCUCUCAGAGAGAUGUACCUGAGUGGCAGUCUGUAUGAUGACCUGCAGGUAAGAGCGGACCACGCCCAGCUCAUGGUGCCUCUUAUCUUGGAGAAGAACCUGUGGUCGUCCAUCCCCGGGGAGGACACCAUCAUGAAUGUUCCAGGUUUCUGGCUCAUCCGCAGGGAGAAUUUGGAGUUUCCACGGAACAGCAGCUACUGGGACCGCUGCAUGGUCGGAGGUUACCUCCUCCCCUAAAUCAUGUCCCUUGAGGUCUUUGACAAGGUUGUGGCUGUCAUCAACUGGCCAGCUAUAGGGACUGUGCUCGAUUACAUAAUUCGUCCUGUGGUUCCCUCCGAAACACUGACCCUGGAGGUGCAGUACGAGACGGACCGAAACUGUACGUGACUCCUACCAUUGCUUGUGAUGGAGGACGGAACCUCGCUGAUUGCUAAACCACACCGACUUGCCGCAGAGCGGCACGAAAACCUGUGGCGGCAGAGCUUCCGCGUGCCUGAGACGGCACGACUCAGGGCCCUGGACCAGGAGGACGGAGGCUGCCGAUGCGCCUGCCUGAAGCUGGCGAAGGCCGUAUGCAAGCUCAACCCUUCCCUAAACCGGCUCAAUGCCAGCCAGCUCACCAAUGCCAUCUUGUUGCUUUGCGAAAAAGAAGGCGACUGGACCCAGGAGGCACUGGCCGACCGAUUCCUGCAGCUGCAGCGAGCACUAGUGGGACAUUUAGAGGCAGGGAGGCUGCCUUGUGCCCUCAGCCCUAAAGUUAACUUAUUCUGUGAACUGACUGAACAGGAAGUGGACGAGCUGGGGUAUACGCUCUACUGCGCCCUCUCGGAACCCGAGGAGCUGCUGAGAACUGCUGUGGCCCAGCCGCCCCAUCCCUGACGACCUCGUACAAGAACAUCACUACACAGCAACGGGGCAUCGACAUUGUUUUGUGAGCAAUGGUGACCUUGAGCCAUAAUAAGGUUCCUGGGGAGAAAAAAUAAUAAAAAACAGCAUGGACUCAUCCUUGGUCUCUUCAGUCUUAAAUGCCAUCAGUGAGAAAGUGUGUGACACACACACACACACACACACACACACACACCAUAGCAGUUACUUAGUCUUGAGAUCCGUGGGAGCCUUGACAUAAAAGCUGUGGGGUGAUCAUGCCAAUACUAUUAAUCUUUUUGAAAGUGAAGGCCCAUUGGAGCUCUUACUAAAGCCGUUGUAUUAAUGAAGUUAAGAGUAGACAUGCGGUUCGGGUUCUAAUGAAUUGGGAUGGAGGUAUGGAACGCUGCAUUGGUCGGCUCCAUAUCAAAAUGUACGCCUCCACCAUCUUUGAGCUUUUUUGAACCCGUUGGAGAUGUGUCAGGAGGACAGACGUGUUAAAUGUCGUUAACUCUGUUUUUAGCCACUGUGUCAAGGGAUGGCGUGUGACGUUGAUUGUGUGUAUGCCAACCCAAAAAAGCGAAUAAAUUGUUGAUCUGCCCAAAGAGACAAGUAAA